CGUGACGGAGUCCUUUUGGAGAAAUAGGAGGCUCAUCGUAUUGAUAUCUACAGGAGUACGAGAACGGGAAAUAUGUGUGCCUUCUACGUUCAGAUGGGGCAGCCUUGCGCUAAGCCACAAGUAGCCGGAUUGGGCGGUCAUAGGGAGGUAAAGGUUUAACUCUCGCUAACUUCCUUCACAUUUCAGUUUUAAACCAACCACCUUCUUCGAACUGAAAGUCCAGCUGCGUAGCUAAUCCGCAGCCCUAGUGCAAUCGCGCUCCUGGUUGCUUAGCUCAGGUGAACGAGCGCUUCUCACUGCUGAUUGGUCAAAUCCAAAGCUUAGACCAAGCCGAACCUCGACCUCGCCCAAACCAUCCACCUUUCUCCGCAACACAGGUUGACCGCGACCACGGAAUCACACUUUCCGUUUGAUCAUUUCCUAGAAGUUUUCUGGUGGACGUUUCGCGCAGGAUGUCUCGUCCCACAGCGAGGAAAGCAGCGCCGAAAGGCGAGUACAUUGAGACGGACUCCGGCAACAAAGUCUCCCGCCGAAGUGCCAUCACCGGAACCGCAAACAUUACGCUUGGCGGCCGAACUGUGAUCAUGGCCGAUGUCGUUCUACGCGGCGACCUUCACCCAACGCGCGCAGUGCCUUCAAGCUCAGGAAAGGAAGUCACACCUACCAGUAUCAGCAUUGGACGAUGUACGGUGAUCUCAACGGGCAGCGUGAUUAAGCCUCCGAGCAGAAUAAGUCGGGGUCAAACUCACUACUAUCCGAUGAAGAUUGGGGAUAAUGUCUUUGUGGGACCAAACUGCACCAUCUCCGCCAUCUCGAUUUCAUCACACGUCCACAUCGGAGCAAACGUCACCAUACAUCCCUUCGCACUCAUUAAGGAAAACGUCAAGAUCCUACCAAACACCGUAGUACCCGCGAAUAUGGUCAUCUCUUCCGGAUCCGUGGUUGGUGGACGCCCGGCACGGAUAGUGGGGGAGGUGGGCGAGGGCUGGGGUGUAAGCGGAGGCGGCGCAGGAACAGGAUUGGGCGUUGGUGGUGGUAGCGAAGAGAAGUGGGUUGAGGGUGGCGAUCUGAGAGAGCUAGUUAGGAGUAUCAAGUAACGACCGGUCUCAACCUGGCGGGAAAUAAGAAACGCGGCUAUAUCGCGUAUAUGACCAAUAUAAUACAGAAGUGAGCGCGUAGAGGAUCUGUGUAUAGAGAUCGAUGGCGUGAGUUAGGCGUCUUUGGGGAAAGCUUGCUGUGGAGGGAGGAACAUCGCGUUGAAAGGGAGGUCGCGGCGCGCUAAUGACGCGGUGCACGUGAUCCCUCCAAUUCCAAGGUUCUUGCUCACGUAUCCCGAAAGAG